GACAGUUUUUUAAUGUAUCGCUUAAUUGAUAAACUUCGUAUCCAUGUUUUGAUUGAAAAGUAGCACCGAUAUGUCAAUGCUGUGAUAUGCCAGAAGAAUCUGAAAGCUAAGUGGAGAUUUCCAUAUUGUUUCUAUGGGCAAUCAUAAGCUUGGCUUUCAAUUUAAUUACAGAAAAAUCACACAAAAGAGCAGAAAGGCGGAAGCUGUGGAUUCUGUAGUAACACUUUAGCAUGAAUUAGUCAGUCAGUUUACGAUAUCUCUCCCGAAAGGCCUCAAAUCAAAUACGUGGUGACGCCUGCGAGGCCCCAAACUUUCCAGUGCAGAUAAACAGCAGACAUGUGACCAGGGGAGCAGUGUGCAGGCGUCAGGAAGUUAGGGUUUCUGCUCGAGCCGUUUCAGAAACAACGACAGUUUGUCACCAGGUCUCUCAGAGGAUGUGACUGAAGAGCCACGGAGAACCUAAUGAGAGAUGGAGAACCUGAAAAUCUGGAAGUCUGUCUUACUUCUGAACCUUUACGUCUUUGGCACUCUGGCAAAAGGAAAUAGCUCUAUAGUCAUGCAGGAUACUAACCCCACUGCAUACGCACAAAAUACAAUUUCCACAACGACAGAUGCAUUUACAGAAUACAGAAGUGAGUACUUUGACUUGAAUAGCAGCGUUACUCUGAACUGCUCCAAUAAGACAUGGGCUUCGAUUAUCUUCAUUACCUGGACGAUAGACAUUGACGGAAAGCGGUGUCGAAUGGCGCAUAGUGAUAACGAUUCUAAACAUGAUACAUGUAACGAUGGAAAGAUCCUGCGCAACAACACAAACGGAGAAACAUACCUGUACAUUCCUCGCUUUACAAAACGAGAUGAAGGACGGUAUCAGUGUGAGACAGUGUACCACGGUGGAUCCAGUAAAGUAGUAAUAAAUGUAUCUGCCAAAGGUAAGAAAAUAUUCCCUCAACAGAUUUCCACCCGACUGGACCCUGACCACAGAGAAGCUGUGUGUUCAGCCACAGGGGUUAAAUCAGACGUCUCCAUCUCAUGGAGAACUUCAUGGAACGCCAAUGUAACCAGCAGCUCUGUACACAACCCAGAUGGCUCCUACACCAUGGAGAUCCGGCUCAAACUGCCCGACCAUGUGCAUGGUACCACGCUGCAGUGCAUAGUGACACACCCCAGCUGGACAGAGAAUUAUACUCAGACACUUCAGCUCCCCGACCCAUUAAGAGACAGAACCUUUGAAUCAUGGCAUUGGAUAAUUAUCUCUCUGGCUCUGGUCUGCUUUUUAAUGGGUAUACUUUUUGGACUUUAUAUCUUAAGGAAACAUCUCAGCAAGAUAAGAAAUUGUUGCAAGUUCAGCCUGUCAGCUCCACCCCCACAGACGACAGUGAAGCCACAGGACGCGGAGGAGGUAGAGCCCUACGCCAGCUACGUACAGCGCAUCAACUCCAUUUACAACUCCUCCGCUGAUCUCUUUAACGUCUAGAACUGAGACUCUGUUCAGCAUCAACAAGCAUGUCCACGGCAGAGGAAGAAAGGCUUCUUCCUGGACAAGCAUUUCGAGACACCAGGAUCUACAGCGAGGAGUUGUCUGUAGUUCAGGUCCCUCCCACCUACUGCGAUGAUGCCUGCCGUUCAUGACAAGGACGAAGGGGAUCUGCUGAAAUCGAGGAAAGGGCCUCAACAAGUGGAGAGAUGGAGGGACAGAAUCUGGCUAAAGUUCAGAAUUUUGCAUACUUGAGACAGAACAGCAAUGAGAAUGAAUAAUGGGAAGCUGGACGUGCAGCUAAGAUGGACCCUGCCUCUCACAGUAUUACUUGGAGGAACAUUGUUUGCCCUCAAGUUGGAGGAACCACAAUAAAACAAUGAAGACAUUUCAUGUAGCAUAAUGUACAGGUUCAAGUAGAAGGAGUCAACUGUAGGAACUGCUGUUUUUCUUGCAGUCAGUGCAGAAAAGUGAUAAAAUUAUGGGAUACUAGUAGAUCAGUUACUUCUAGAAACCAGAGCCCGUAUUCACAAAGCAUCUUACGGCUAAAAGUCCUAACUUGCGGAUUUAGGAGAAACUCCUAAAAAUAAUGGACGUGUCAGUCCUAAAUGUUGGACUCCUAAUUUUUUUGACUAAGAGCAAUUCACAAAGCCCCUUAGCGCUAAAAGUAGCACCUAAGUCCUGGCAAACUAAAAAGUAGUCGAGAGGACUCCUAAGUCACUAAGACCAGCUCACAAACAUUCACAAUAUGGCUGCUGUCAAUCCACGUCGCAAUGUCUUAGAGACUUUAAACGAAUGCUGAAUUACUUAAAGGAUACCGCCUCAGUCAGGAGGGAAUAAUGAUUGUCGUGGAUCUUGUGAGGGACGCAAAAUCCAACAAACCGAAAUAUCCCGAUCAAAUACAACGGAACCGUGAUCACUAUAACCGAUUUUUUCCUUUAUGUCUUAGGCAGAUUACCAUCUAAUUGAAAUGUAUAUAUUUAUUACACGAAUAUAAGGUAAUAAAAUGGAGAGCAUCGCUAUGUAGGCCUACUGAAUUUUGAGUCAUUCAAAAUACAGCUGUUUCAAAUGCUUUUCAAAUUACUGAACUGUAUAAUUCGCUAUAAUAGAGUACUGUACCUAAAGUACGUGUAGUGUCACUGCUCCAUCUUGUUGGCUCGGUUUUGGCAGUUUAUCAUAAACUUUGAUGAGUCUAUAUUCGUGAUUGAGAGAGAAAAUGCCUUACUUCUUCCCGUCCUAUUUCCUGAACACGCAGCAUUAGCCUGUUAGCCUAUAGCUAAACAGACGCAGAUGGGUUACCGCAAGGCAAAGUAGGGCGAUCAAAGUAAAGUAAGAAAAAUGUAGUCUUAUUUUUUCCAUAUGUUGUCAUGCUUAAAAAGACCAAAAAGUACUAUAAGCGAUUACUACCGAAUUAUUUAAACGGUAUUUGUACAAGAAUUAUUCUGUCCCAAGCUUUUUGAUCAAUAUAAGCGGUUGAUCACUAUAAGUAGUUUCAUUCUAUGUUUGUGUUUAUGGGAUGUCACGCGUACAUUUUCACCAGCACAUACCGGCCUCUCAUCAACCAAUCCCCGUGGUUAUUGCAGGCAAAAAGUUGCUUUCGACCACUUUGUGAAUCAGUUUUAGGAAAAAACUCAGUUAAAAACUACGUUAGUGCGAUUUAGGAGUACCCUUAGUGAUAAGGUAAAAUACUUUCUGAAUACGGGUCCAGACUGAUGUGUGAAGAA